AUGUCUGCCUCCAAAUCACGAUGGGCGGACGAAGACCCCGAAACUGAAGCCAUAGUUGCGCAACAAAAACGCGAGAAAGAAGCGAAACGACGCGCCAAAGCCGAGAAACAGCGCCAGCAGGAGGAAACCCUCAAGGCCCGGGCUUCGACACAGACAGGCAACAGCGCACAAUCACCCAAUGGAGAAGCAGGCCCUCCAACUAAGAGAAGGAGGUUAUCAAAUGAACACAAUGCGACCCCUGCCGAUGCCGACGCGCCCGGGAGCGCAGAACAGAAGAAACAGACCAGCUUGCUGCGGUUUCCGGUACGGGGAUGGGGGACCUGCAGACAUGUGGACAAUUUCGAGCGGUUGAAUCAUAUCGAGGAGGGCUCUUAUGGUUGGGUGUCGAGAGCGAAGGAUAUCAACACGGGCGAGGUGGUCGCGUUGAAGAAAUUGAAGAUCCAGGACUCGCCGGACGGGUUCCCUGUGACGGGCUUGCGGGAAAUUCAGACACUGCUCGAAGCGCGACAUCAGAAUGUGGUCUUUUUAAGAGAGGUGGUUAUGGGCAACAAUAUGGACGAUGUUUACCUGGUUAUGGAUUUCCUUGAACACGACCUCAAGACCCUCCUCGAUGAAAUGCGCGAGCCAUUUCUCCCCUCAGAAAUCAAAACGCUCCUUAUACAGGUGGUGGGUGGUCUGGAAUUCCUUCACGACUCAUGGAUCAUGCACCGCGACCUCAAGACAUCAAACCUCCUCAUGAACAACCGCGGCGAGAUCAAAAUUGCUGAUUUCGGCAUGGCACGCUACUUUGGCGACCCACCGCCAAAGCUGACCCAGCUCGUCGUGACACUAUGGUAUCGAUCCCCCGAAUUGCUCCUCGGCGCAGACAAAUACGGCACAGAGGUAGACAUGUGGAGCAUUGGAUGCAUUUUCGGCGAACUCCUGCUUAAAGAGCCCCUUCUGCAAGGCAAGAACGAAGUGGAUCAGGUAUCGAAGAUCUUUGAAUUGACAGGACCUCCAAAUUCGCAAAUCUGGCCUGGAUUCCGCUCCUUACCCAAUGCUAAAUCGUUACGCCUGCCGCCAUCUUCGUCGAUAUCAGGCUCGUCCGGGAAAACACCUUUGCUGCCUCGCUCGCGAUUCCCGUACCUCACCAAUGCAGGCUUGAGUCUGCUUUCGGAAUUGCUGGCACUCAAUCCCGCUGCGCGUCCGACGGCUCGGCAGUGCCUUGCUCAUCCAUAUUUCAAGGAAGACCCUCGCCCGAAGCCGAAGGAGAUGUUCCCGACCUUCCCUUCUAAGGCUGGAAUGGAGAAGCGGAGGCGCCAUCAUACACCCGAGGCUCCUAAGCAUGGCCAGGCAGCACCUGAAUUGGAUUUUGCUGGGGUGUUUGGAGGAGCUCCGGGAGGCGAUACAGGGGAGGCGGGUGCUGGGUUUACACUCCGUUUAGGUUAA